AUGACUUUUUCAUCAAAAAUUGCAGCUAAAGUUCCUCAUUGGUAUCAUAGCGAUUGUUUUUUCAAAAAAGUCAAACUCAUUGACGUAAAUAUUAUCAAAGGUUUUGAUGAUUUACGUUGGGAAGAUCAGGAUAAAAUACGUCAUCUUCUUCAAGAAAGUUCUACACCUGCAUCGAAUGAAAACAAUGCGACCGAUACAUUUUCUGUUCAAUAUGCUAAAUCGAAACGAAGCACCUGUCAUGGAUGUGAAGCAUCAAUUGAUAAAGAUACAAUACGCUUAUCGAGAAAAAACUACACAAGUGGAAGAGCGCGACAUUAUGGACCAUUCGAUGAAUGGUAUCACGUGGACUGUUUUAAUCAGAUGAAAAAAGAUCUUGGGUUCUUUGGCACAGCUGAAUCAUUUUUUGGAUUUUCUGAUUUGAAUAAUGAAGAUCAGGCAGUGCUCAAAGAGAAAUUCGGUACAACAGUUCAAUCAAAACGAAAACGUAAAGGUACAGAACUCAGCAGCGAAUCAACAAAAGCAAAACAAGCAAAAAGCGAUGAUGAGAGAGCAGAAAAUUUCAAUGAACAAGAACAGACGCGUCUAAGAAAGGAACAAAGUGAACUUCUAUGGGCUUUGAAAGAUAAUUUACGAAAGGAGAUUCCGGCUGGUGUUUUAAAAGAACUACUUGAAUUUAAUGCACAAAAAUCGCUAAUCGAAGCUGUCGCUGAUAUUAUGGUAUUUGGUGCAUUGGAACCAUGUCCUGAAUGUGAUGGUUUUCUUGUAUUCAAUUACACAAGUUACUGUUGUACUGGAAACAUUACUGAAUGGACAAAAUGUUUGUAUACAACAAAUUUACCAAAACGAAGAGAAUUUGAAAUUCCAGAUAAGAUCAAAGAAGAGUAUGAUAUGUUACCUGAUUAUGAUUCGAAAUUGCCUCUUAAUGGCUAUUCAGUCGCAUUAAUCGGCCGUUUAUCAAAACGAACGAGCAUCUUAAAAAAACAAAUCGAACAAUUAGGUGGAACUACGACUACGAAUAUUGAUAAAACAGUCGGCGUGGUCAUUAGUACUCAAGAUGAAAUCCAUAAAGGAAAUCCAAAGAUCCAAAAUGCACAAACACUUGAUAUUCAUGUCGUUCCUGAACUAUUCUUGGACGAUAUUCUCAAUGAUCGACCAUCGAUUGUGAUGGAAAAACUCAAACUAUCAGCAUGGGGUAUUUUACCACAUAUUCGAAAACAACGAGCUCGUGAAGAUAAUAAAAUCAAACGUAAAUCAUCAUUCAUCGCUAAGUCUCCGGCUCAAUCCAAAAGAUUUAUACCAGAGAAAGUUACCAUGAAAUUAAAGGAUGGUGCUGCAGUUGAUCCAGAUUCUGGACUUGAAGAAACAUGUCACGUAUUGAAAGAUCCUGAAACUGGUGGUAUUUUUACGGCCGUGCUUAAUAUGGUCGAUGUA